AUGGAAAUUCGUCCCCAGAUAACAAAUGAAGAUCUUGGUAAAAUUGUCGAACUAUUUAGCCAAGCAAUAUCAGAAAGCAUUGGAGAUGAUCAGAAGAUUAAUUUAGAUCAAAAUAAAGUUAAUAUUCAAUUUGAAAAUGCACUUAGGCAAAAUUUAACAAUCAUUCAGACCCCAGAAGAAGAAAUUAAAGGACAACAGAUCAAAUGUCAAAUAGAAAAAAUGCAACAACAAGCAAUUAGAUUACAACAACAAAUUCUCGGCAGGAAAAAUGCGUUUGUUAAUACAGUUCGCACAAUGAUAGAUCAGUAUUUGGAUGAAUUGAUACCAGAUACUCCUGAAAUUGACAUUGAUCAACCAAUUCAAUUUCCUCCUGAAGUCAACGAGUUGUUCACUAAAUUGGAUGAGCAAAUUGAUUCGCUAGAACAGCAAGUUAAAAGAUCUAGUAUGGAAAAAACAAUCAACCAACUUUCUCCGUUUAUUCAAUCUACAAUGAACUUUCUUAAUGAAUAUGAGAAAAAUUAG